AUGGGGCGCAACCUAAAGAUAAAAGAUGCGAUGCAGCGUGGAGAAGAACCUGGUACAUCUUAUGAUCACAAAGAAGAAGAUGCCCUAGAAAGAGAGAGUAGUGCGAUUGAUGUGAUGCAAGUUGAAUCCGCACCGAAGUUUCAAGCUAUACAAAGUUUCGAGGCUACUAAAGCAGCGAAGCAAGGUACUUCACGAACGGCUACGCCAAAAGCAACAACGUCUACUUGCUACACGCAGCUUGGAGACGAGGCUUUCAAAGAAUGGCAGGAAAAAGUGGAAAUCGAAUUGAAGUAUUAUCGUAAAUUGGAUGGAAGGAAGCAUCCGUUGCUUAAAGAAUUUGAAGAAUAUAUUUCUGAAGCACUGGUAAACACUAUGUUGAAGCCGUCGCCGGAUGCUUUGGCAAGGAAAGGCAAUCUAUUAAAAAACGGUACAUGGGGUUAUGUGGCCUGUAUAAAUCGGUUUAUGCUCGCAGCUAUGAGAGCGCGAAAACGGCUUGAUCAAAAGCUCUGUAUUGGACUUAGAGGUGGAAAAGUCAGCUCGGAAGAAGGUGACAUAGUGUCGUUGGUACUGCAAGCAUCGUCGUUUACAUCACUCAAGCAAUUCGAACGACUUCCAAUGGACAACGACGAGGGACUGGUGCAGCAUAUCGUAUCGUUAUAA